AUGGCGACGGAAGCGAUCUGGAUCUUAUUGGUUUUUGUGUCGUUUAUAAAGAGAACAGAAGCUGCAACAACAGAAUCAACAGUUGAGGUAACAACAGAGAAUCCAUGUUUUGUUAAUCAUGGUUGUCUAAAUGGAGCAGAUUGUGAUAAUGCUGGUACAUGCAUAUGUAAAGAAGGUUUCUCAGGAUCAACGUGUGCCACAAGCGAACUUGUCAAUCUUGCAAUAGAUGUACAAACCCAGGUGGCUACGGCGGAUCUUUCUAAAGCUGCUGAGUUUGCACAACAAGCACAGAACAUGAUGGAUAACCAGAUUAGUGCUACAUAUACAGGAAUGGCAAUUUCAGUUUUGAACACAAAUACUAUAGCGACAUCAAUAUUGACCAUUAUCGAGAAUGACCAGGAUUUAGCUGACAAUGCAGUGGUAGAUUUAUCAGGACUUACUGAAGAUAUAACUGAGAUGACAACAGAUAUACUCAAGGGAACCAGACAAGCCCAAAGUGCCAUGACAACCGAUGAGCUUGAAACAGCAGUGACUUCUGCAGAAACAAACCUCAUCAAUAUGGUAAAUUUGAUGUUAGACAAGCGAGACACUGGAAAUACGUCGUCUACAAGCAUUGACACGGGUGAUGUUUGUGUCAGAGUAGUCAAAGCCAAAGGUCGUGAUGUACCAGUCGAGUUCGCCGCCAGAGAUGCUGGAUUUGCUCUCCCAUUCUUUGAAACAUUCCAAGAUAAAAAGAGAAAGAAAAAUGUAUCUAUAAGUGUGCUAGCCUACAAGGAAAGUCCAUACCUCCAUGUUGAUAAUUCGGAAGUGGUAGGAUCGUCUGUCAUCAAACUCCACGUGCUCGACAAGAAAGGUAAAGAAGAGAAAGACAUAAAAGACAAAGAUGACCCGAUCGAUGUCUAUGUAAACACAAACAAAUUAGAUGAAGACGGGUACUUUGAAGACAUGACAGAAUCUCUGACAGACUCCGGUUGGUAUAUGAGUUAUGUUGAUACUAACGAAACAGCGGGAGGAUUUAUGAUGGAAAUCAAACUUACGUCAUUGAAAAUCUGCGACGUAUAUUGUAAAUAUGAUAGCUAUCCAGAUGAGGAUAAUUACGAUGUUCAUGUGAAGACUAAAGGCAAAAGUCGAAUUAAGUACAGAGAUCCACUUGACCUCAGAGUGACAUUUCAAAAGCAGCUACUAAAGAUAACUUUGGCACCGAAAAAAGAUGGAAAUAUGCAGCCUUUAGUUGUCAUUGCUAGUUGCGAAGAUGACAGACAAGACACCGCAGACAGCGGAAGUGGGACCGGACGACGCAAACGUGCAACUGGGUUAUCAUUAGGUGAGUGGACACACAGUGUUCGUUUAAACAGAAUCGUUAACUGGACUGACCGGGGCGUAUCCAGUCUUGAAAAAGACGUGGUGUUGGGUGUGGUGUGA